AUGCCACCGGCUACUGCGACUGCCACACCGGCUCCGACUCCGGCGGCGGAGUCCUCUAGCAGUUUCCAGCUACCAUGGCAGGCCAUUCCGAGAUUCAUACCGGGGACUACGGAUGUGACAGAGUACAGCAAGAAGCUCCAGUUCCUUGCGGCGAUGUGGCCGAAGGAGCAUCUCUCCUUGUUGGCGCCCAGGGCGGCGUUGAUGUGCGAGGGAACGGCAUUCAAGAAAGUGGCGUCCUUGGACGCCGAAUUUUUGAAGGCCAAUGAUGAGACCGGAGUAAAGCUCCUAGUGUCAACCCUGGGUGGCUCCUGGGGUAAGACUGAUCUGGAGAAGAAGUACGACAGCUUCGAGAAAGCGAUUUAUGGGUCGACCCAGAAGGCAGACGAGACCAAUGACAGCUACCUGGCAAGGCACGAUGUUCAUUUUGAAGAGCUGCUGGCUGGUGGUGUGACUUUGAAGGAGAUCCGAGCGUACAUUCUUCUACGCCAAUCCCAGUUGUCUUCGGACGAUCGGAAGCGGAUUGUGGUAGAGAUGGGCGGUACCUUGGAGUAUGGCAAAGUCAGCCAAGCUAUCCGGCUGCUAGGGUCCCGAUUUUUCACGGAUUUGCAAGGACAGCGCAACAGCAAGUCGAAGACCUACGAUGCAAAUCACGUGGAUGAGAACAUCGACGAGGAGCCCGAUCGAGGAGUUCCAGCGGCUGCCGCUCAUUUCACCGAUGAGGGCGAAGCCGAUUUGGACAACGAGUACAUCGAGGCGCUUGUGGCAGCAGAAGAUCAAGAUGCCUUACAGGUUCAAGCGUUUGAGGAGGAGCUGGAAGGCUUCUUCCAGGACACUCCUGACCUGCAAGAUGCACUGGUGAAUUACUUGGAAGCUCGCAAUCGUCUUCUUGCGAAGAAGCGAGCUAGAGGUUUCUGGCCAGUUGGAGCAGGCGGGAAGGGAUCCAAGGGCGGACGUUCCGCCAAAGGCGGAAAGGGCAAGGGCAAAAAUGCCCGCGAGCAACUGCUCGCACGCAUCAGCCGAAGCAACUGUAGACUGUGCGGCGAACGCGGACAUUGGAAAGCAGAAUGUCCCAAGCUGGGCAAGGGAAGCGGUCACGCCGGAAAGAGCGAGAUGGCCACUACUACGGUUGCCGAGGUCGAUGAAUCCAAUUUUGCCACCCUGGAUGAAGCCGAGGUUCAGAUUGCUGAGGUCUGCACUAGCCUCCCCGAGGGAGCGCUGACGAUGGAAGUUGUGCCCAGUGCCGCAACGGCGCUGAUCAGCCACGGUCCCAUAGAAGCCAUUUUGGAUACGGGGGCCAGUCGGUGUGUCAUGGGCAAGCAGCUUGUGCUCGGCUUCUUGAGCCAACUGGAAGAGCAGGGCAACCGUGCUUUGGCCGUUCGCUUCGCCCGUUUGAACGAGCCGCAGCUGCGGUUCACCAUGGACGAGAUUCGCACCAUGCCUUUGGAAGAGCUGGGUCGGUUCACAAUCGACUUCGGCAAAGCCAUGCAUGGACGGUCCUACGUGGACGUAGCCGAGAACGAAAAGGGAUGGUGCAAGUGGAUCAUCGAGCAUAUGGGCCAAAGCGAGAAGCGUUGCCACCAGGCUUUCAUAGCCUAUCUGGAGCGCUACGUGGAUCAAGCCGAAGCCGUGGAAAGUGCCCUUCUGGACACCAUGGAAGCUGUGCUCGAGACCGAACCUUCGGCCACUCGAGGUCGGCCCAAAGCUGCAGCCAAGAGCAUCAGCCGCCCGCCGGCCCAAUCCUCCGAAGCCGUGCCCGAAGCCUGGGACUUGGUGAAUCAAGAUUCGUCCGAUCCACCUCUCGAUCACCAGGUCACGUCUUUGGCCACUCGCGUGACCCACAUGGAAAGUGUUUUGCAGCAAGUGCUGAUGGCUGUUCAGGAUCUGUCUGCGGCGUUUGACCCACAGGUCAUCGAAGAGCCUGCAAAACAACUCCUAGACCAACAAGCUCCCCUACCCGAGCUUAAGAAGUUCCUUCGAUCAAUCCCCUGGGACAAGCUUAAGACACAUAGCGCGGGAACACGAACUGGACUUGAGCUCUUAGAAACUGAAGACAAUAAAACUCCUGCUUAUGUGGUGUUCGGGAUGUUUGUUCAUGGGGGCAAAGUAGGCAUCACCAGAGUCUCGCGUGACUUUCCCUGGUUGACCCAAGUUCUGGUGCGCAUGAUCAAGUUGACGGACCCCCAUCAGCAAGUAACAUCCAUCACCAUAUCCCGAAACACCCGAUCGACCCCACACCGAGAUAGCUUCAAUUCACUGGCGAUCCCGAACAUAGUCAUUCCUUUUGAGUAUCCACGUGCUGGUGGUGAGAUCUGGAUCGCUCAGCCGCCUGCGGCAAAUCAGCAGAGCAAGACCCUGAUGUGUCGGGGGCAAGAGAUUGAUGGUUCCCUUCAGUCCUUAAAAUCCGCAGUUUACGUGAAUCCUCACAAAUGGCAUGCCACCAUGCCAUGGGAGGGAAAUCGAUCUGUUGCAAUCGGCUACGCUGUGAAGCCUGUCUGGAAGCUGGAGGCUUCCGAUCGUGCUUGGCUGCUUCGACAAGGGUUCGCCUUGCCGACUUGCAAUCAUCCAGCAUUCCCUAAAGUAGCUUCCCGUAGCAUCGCCAACGCCCAGAGGGUCUGUCCUGAGUCAGCCCUUCGACAAGAGCUGGAUGCAUCCCAGCAUAUGCUGAGCAAGUCCUCCUUGGCAAACCUGGCUUCCAGCGUCGAUGCAGCCAGUAAGAGUGCUUUCAGUGUUGCCGAAGACAUUUCCUGGAGCACGUUCCAAGACUCCUUGCUUACCUAUGGUCAAGCGACAGGGCCUAGGUUAGAUGUUUUAGAGAUAUAUGCUAGUGAGGAUAGUCGAUUGACAACCUGGGUUAGAAGCUUGGGGGGAAAAGCGCAGCGCUUCACAGCAAAGGAUGGAGAUCUAACCACUGCAUCAGGCCAGCGUGCUCUCUGGGAUUUGAUUCAGAAGACGCAGCCUCAGCAUGUUUGGUGUUCGCCGGACUGUCGCUACUGGGGGUUGCUUCUUCCUGUGGACACCGUCCCGCUGCAGCGCUUGUCUCCCCACAACAUGAUCUGUGCUUUGCCUCCUACGGUAGCGCCCUGGAGAAUAAGUCUGGGGUCUCGUGUUGCUGCGGAUGGAACGAGGAAGUACUUUUGCUUGGGCAACGAAGAUCGCACCACGAUGUCUGCCGAGCGGAAGAAGCUUCGAGUGCCAGUUGUCGAAGUUUCCAUCACUGUGCUAGGUGAUCCGAAGCCAGAUAUCGAAGGAUGGGCACCUCCUCCGGCAGCGAAGGAGAGUCCAUCCUUGAUUGAAGCGGCACUGGAAUACCAAUGCGAUGCGUGCCUUGAAUCCACCGAGCCCCGACAUCAACGCCCCAGCAAGCUUCCCGAGCCCAAGGAGUUUAACGAGUUAGUGGGAAUAGACGGGUUCCAGUUCAAAAGUCGUUCCGGGUAUAGUGUCAAUGUGAUCCAUGUGUUGGACGAAGCUAGCUGUUUUCAUCUAGGACGGCGAAUCAACACGCGACAUGGCUCUCAGGCCAUUAAGACUGUCUCGGAAUUCUGGACGUCCUGGGCCGGACAACCCCGCAAAAUUUAUCUGGACCCGGCUGGGGAAUUUCGCUCUGAAGAAAUGUUGAGUGUCUUUCAAGGUAUGAGUGCACGAGUCUUUGUCAGUGCGGCAGCUUGGCAACGCGGCCGAGUUGAGAGACAUGGGGACAUAGUUAAGGAUAUGUUGGCCCGAAUGGACACCCAAGCUCCCAUCAUAAAUGACGAUACCUUUGAUCAAGCACUUCUCCAGGUUUUCCAAGCUAAGAAUGCCUUAGUGCGUCAUCAAGGUUACUCCCCAGAACAGAUCGUCUUAGGUAAGUCUGUCCGGGUGCCAGGAAGCUUAACAUCUGAUGAGGAUUUGUCUUCCCAUGCGAUCACAGAAGGCCUAGAUCUUGAAGCCGAGCAGCACCGUCAGCGCUUAGAACUCCGUUGCCAAGCCCGCCGAGUCUUUUGGGAAGCCGACAACAACCAAGCCAUACGACGAGCCAUACUUCGUAGGAGUAACCCUGUUCGAGGCCCAUAUCGACCGGGAGAUUGGGUACUGUACUGGCUCCGCAAAUCAUCCCCGAAUAGGUUGGCAGCCGGCCGUUGGCAUGGUCCCGCUAAGGUUAUUUGUCAAGAGGGUUUAUCCAUAGUUUGGGUUUCCCACGGGACAACUGUGCUCCGCUGUGCGCCAGAGAACUUGAGGCCCGCUAGCCUGCGGGAAUGGCAGAGCUUAGCCCCAUCGGACCAUGAGGGAUUACAUAAGAAUACUGGGGGUUCGAGUUCCUUUGUUGACUUAACAGUUUCCAACGCCCCGAGCGCUGAAAGCUCUCAGUCAACUGCACCCUCUGCCAUUCCAGAAGUGGGAGCUCCUCAAGCCACUCGUGCCAAUGCACCCACGCCUACCGAAGAUCCGAUUGAGCAACCUGAGCAUGAGCUGACUCCCCAAGUGUCACAAGGUGUGGAUGACGCUCAGGAACAGAGUGAGGUUGAGCGCGGAACAACUGGUUCAGUUGUGCCUGCUGCCCCUUCGCCUGUGCCAGCUCCGACUUCCCCGGAAGCCUUUGAGCCAUCUGCGUCCGAGGCUGAAAUCCCGAAUGCAACCAAUAUCCCAGUGCCCGGGUCCGAUGAAGGUUUAGUAGUUGAGGAUCUUCUUCUCGCCAGUACUCCUUUAAGUGCCGAGCCCGGAGAAGCAGAUGAGCUGAUGAGUUUCUUGACUUUGCAGGCCGGUGACCAGUCUUCGGGUCCGCCGCUCGCUGAAGAUAAUCUCCCCUACGUUGAAACGCCUCUGGAUUGUGCCGAGCACCAAGCUUUCUGCCUUGAGAUCCCAGUGAAUGCUAAAGCAGUCAAACGGUGGGCCCAAGAAAAGUCUCCUGAGCAAAUGGUUGCAUUGGCCUCCUUAAGCAAGCGAGCUCGAGCCGAAGUCUUUGUCAAAGACUUGUCAGCUGCUGAGCGUGAGUUGUUCGAGGUCGCCAAGUCCAAAGAGAUCCAAUGCUGGCUACAAACAUCAGCCAUUAAGCCCAUACUCAGACAGAAACUCAAUCCUGAGCAAAUCUUGAAGAGCCGUUGGAUUCUCACGUGGAAGGCCCCAGAAGUCGGAGAGGUGCAUCAACGCGCCAAAGCACGCUUAGUGGUUCUAGGGUUUCAGCAUCCAAAGCUAGUUGAUGUUCAUCGUGAUGCCCCCACGCUGUCUCGAGAGGGCAGAGCACUGGUUCUCCAAACCAUAGCAUCUUCAAAAUUUCUACUUAGUUCAUUCGACAUUAAGACAGCCUUUCUACGCGGAAAGGCGGAUGCCAAUAACCCCCUUGCCAUGGAGCCCCCUAAGGAAGUUCGUAAAGCCCUAAACCUUAAGGAAGAUGAAGUCUGUGAACUCCUAGGAAACGCCUAUGGCCGAGUCGAUGCUCCUCUUCUGUUUUACAAAGAGUUGAGCAAGCAGCUUCUCCAACUUGGUUUCGUCAAGCAUCCUCUUGAGCCGUGUGUUUUUAUGUUGUAUUCAGGCAACACCUUAAAUGGAAUCUUAGGGGUUCAUGUGGAUGAUGGGGUUUGUGGAGGCGACUCUAAGUUUACCCAGAAAAUCAAAGAGCUAGAAAGUCGCUUACCAUUUGGCAGUCGCAAAUUUCAGAGCUUCAUCUUUACAGGGAUACAUCUUGAGCAAUUCCCAGAUUUCUCAAUUAGAGCCUCCCAAGGUGACUAUGUGAAGAACAUUCCCCACAUCGACGUAGGCCGCCCUCGACGCCAAACACCCGAAGCCCAGGUGUCAGAGACCGAGCGUACUAAACUUCGAGGUUUAAUUGGUAGUCUUCAGUAUGCUGUGACCCACACCCGCCCGGAUAUGGCGGCAAAGCUUGGAGAGCUUCAGCAUGCCAUCACCCGCGCAUCCGUGCAAACCCUGUUGACUGCCAACAAGGUUCUUCGGGAGACUCAGGAGCAAGCUCAAGUGUGCGUGUACUAUCUCCCAAUAUCUGUGCCUGAGCUGACUUUUGUGUCCUUUGGUGACGCAUCGUUUGUUUCAUCGAAGAACCUUAAUUCCCAUCAGGGGGCGUUAGUGUGUGCGACUGAUGGUCGCCUCGACCAGAACCUGGAAGCUCCCCUAGCACCCCUAACCUGGACCUCUAAGAAAAUCCCAAGGGUAGUCCGAUCGACCUUGUCCGCACAAGCUUACGCUAUGUCUAAGGCUGUCGAUAUGUUGGGGUGGAUGAGGGCUCUUUGGGGUGUAGUACAUGAACCAAAGUUUGAUUGGCGUAGUCCCGAGCAAGGUUUCCAAUCCCUUAAUCCUGCCAUCAUUGUAACGGAUUGUAAGUCCCUGUUCGAUCUAGUCACCAGACUUGCUAUGCCGUCAUGCGAGGAGUAUCGAACCACCCUAGAAGUUCUCUUGAUAAAACAAAGGCGUGGCGAGAACACUCGUUUUCGAUGGAUUCCCACGACGUUGCAAGCUGCGGACUGUUUAACUAAGAACAUGGAUGCUAGUCUUCUUCGAGCCGUUAUGGCCCAGGGUCGUUUCAAGUUGUUUGAUGGGUCUAAGACUUUGGAAAAAGAUGCACAGCGCAAGCAGGCCAUACAAUGGCUGUCUAACCCUCCCGAGGAACACAUUCCUUAA